UAUGGAUCUAAUCUAACCCUUUCUUCCUUCACGCCGUUUCUUCCUUCUCACUAGAUUUCCUUUCCCUCUUUUCUUUCUCUUACAGUUUUCGUUUUUCUUCUCGCUUUUCUCUCUCCGCUGUCAUAGCUCUUUCUUUGCGUCUUUUCCGUACGUGUCAAACGCCCUGCGCUUCUUAAUUUUGUUUUCUGUGUUUGGAUCGACUUCUUUCGCCUUCUGUUACGGGGAUCUUCGGUUUAGGUUUGGUAAAUGAGUGGUUUUUGAGCAGCAAUUGGAAGAGAAAGGGAUUCAGUGAAGAUGACAUCGGUUGGUGUGGCACCAACUUCGGGUUCAGGUUUGAGAGAAGCCAGUGGGCAUGGAGCAGCAGGUGUUGAUAGAUUGCCAGAGGAGAUGAACGAUAUGAAAAUUAGGGAUGAUAGAGACAUGGAAGCCACGGUUGUUGAUGGCAAUGGAACGGAGACGGGACAUAUCAUUGUGACUACCAUUGGAGGUAGAAAUGGUCAGCCAAAGCAGACUAUAAGCUACAUGGCAGAGCGGGUAGUAGGGCAUGGAUCAUUUGGAGUUGUCUUCCAGGCUAAGUGCUUGGAAACUGGUGAAACUGUGGCUAUCAAAAAGGUUCUUCAAGACAAGAGGUACAAGAACCGGGAGCUUCAAACAAUGCGCCUUCUUGACCACCCGAAUGUUGUCUCUUUGAAGCACUGUUUCUUUUCAACCACUGAAAAGGAUGAACUAUACCUGAAUUUGGUACUUGAGUAUGUUCCUGAAACAGUUAAUCGUGUGAUCAAACAUUACAACAAAUUGAACCAAAGGAUGCCGCUGAUAUAUGUGAAACUAUAUACAUACCAGAUCUUUAGGGCAUUAUCUUAUAUUCACCGUUGUAUUGGAGUCUGCCAUCGCGAUAUCAAGCCUCAAAAUCUAUUGGUCAAUCCACACACUCACCAGGUUAAAUUAUGCGACUUUGGAAGUGCAAAGGUUUUGGUAAAAGGCGAACCAAAUAUAUCGUACAUAUGUUCUAGAUAUUAUAGAGCACCUGAGCUCAUAUUUGGAGCAACUGAAUAUACUACAGCCAUUGACAUCUGGUCUGUUGGAUGUGUUUUAGCUGAGCUGCUGCUUGGACAGCCUUUGUUCCCUGGUGAGAGUGGAGUUGAUCAGCUUGUUGAGAUCAUCAAGGUUCUGGGCACUCCAACAAGGGAAGAGAUUAAAUGCAUGAACCCUAAUUAUACAGAAUUUAAAUUCCCACAGAUUAAAGCUCAUCCAUGGCACAAGAUCUUCCAUAAGCGCAUGCCUCCAGAGGCUGUUGAUUUGGUAUCAAGACUACUACAAUACUCACCUAACUUGCGGUGCACAGCUUUAGAUGCCCUGACCCAUCCUUUCUUUGACGAGCUUCGUGAUCCAAAUACUCGCUUGCCAAAUGGCCGAUUCCUUCCACCACUAUUUAAUUUCAAAUCUCAUGAACUGAAAGGAGUCCCAGCUGAGAUUUUGGUGAAAUUGGUUCCAGAGCAUGCGAGGAAGCAAUGCCCGUUUCUUGGCUUGUGAAGUGUAACAGAACCGCAAGUGUUGUUACCGUAUGAGAAUGCUGCUCUUUCCUUCUAUUUGAUAUGAUAUUUGUUGGUAUCUUUAUUGUAUUCGGUUGCCCUGUAAAAGCAGAUUUAGAGAUACAUGCUACUCAUUAUUACCCAAACCCCCGAUGGGUAUGAAGAAUACCCUGUUUCCUGUAUCACAGCAGAUUGUAACAUACAAUAGAAGACAAAUGUCUGCAAUUAUCUAAAUGUUGCAUCAGUAUUUGUAUUUGUUGAGACAACGAUGGGUGGUUUAAUUUAGUUAUUAUGCGUAGCGUGGUGGUUGGAAGUUGUAA